UUUGUGCCUAUAAAAUAAAAUGUGCAAUGAGACCUAGAGAGAGAGAGAGAGAGAGAGAAAGUUUUGAGUGACACAUCUUUUCUCCUCCUCACACAGCAGGAACACAAUGGAUUCUUCUUCAUCAGCAAGUGUUAGUCAGCAUGCCAAGGUUGUUCCAAAACAAUUUGACAUCUUCUUCCAUGCAGGAAGGUACCCUUCAUCUCGCAGGACUCAUUCCUCUUCCUCCUCUUCCUCCUUUGAAUCAUUCUAUUUCCCAGAGGAUCCUCUUCUUAGUCCUGCAUCCCCUCUUAGAUUCUCUGGUGUUCCAUUUUCUUGGGAACACUUGCCUGGAAUUCCCAAGAAACAAAAUUCUAAAAAGAAGCUGCAAGAGUCUUCCUUGAAACUACUACCAUUGCCCCCUCCAACUACCACACACUGUUCUUCUAAAAAGCACUCUCAUGAAGAAACAAGGAUUAGGAAAAAGAAUUCAAUACAAAGUGUUUUCCAAAGGGAUCCUUUCUUUGCUGCACUUGUUGAAUGCUCAAAGGAUGAUAAUGAAGAAAUUACAAGUAGAAAUUUGUGGAAUGGAGCUAAGGUGCCAAUAAGGAGUAUUAGUGAUCGUUUUGGGUUUAUUAGCCUUUAUGCCUCUUGCAAGAGAACUUGUGCUGUUUCUGAAUCUUUAGUCUACCUUCCAAGCUCAAGAAGAAGCACCUGUGAGCAUGUUAGUCCCAGGUCCCUCUAAGCUUGUGAUGAUGCAUGCAUAGCUGUCAAUGUACUUGUGUUCAUGUUUUUCUAAGAAAAACCCAGAAAGAGGUAUUUCUUUCCCUCUUUUCUUAAAAUAUUUCAAACCUUGAUCUUUGUUUUUAGUUUCUAAAAUAUGGUAUGUGAAGACAAAGUAUGUCUUUGGAAACCCAAGUUAUUGUAAUAUGUUAAUACAAGUAUAUAGGAAGUAGUGCUGGUCUCCUUUUGUUCAGAGAUCACUGAUGACUGAUAUUUUUCUAAUGUAUUUUUUUAUCCUUCUGGUUUUUAUUUUUUUAGCAUCAAACACCAAAAUCUCUAAAUACAAUAUACGCUCUUUGCUGUA